CGCUAUCAUCAGGAUGAAGAUGAGACAGCUCAGAGGCUUCAUUCUGUUGACCCUCGCCGUCCUCGCCGCCGCCAGACCGAAAGCAGGUCAGUGUAAAUGUAAGUCCGGUCCGGUGGAUCUGGUCUUCCUCAUCGACAGCUCCCGCAGCGUCAGGCCACAUGAGUUUGAGACCAUGAGGAAGUUCAUGAUCGACAUCCUGGCCACUCUGGACAUCGGACUGAACGCCACCAGAGUGGGAGUGGUUCAGUACUCCAGCCAGGUCCGCAGCGAGUUCUCUCUGAAGACUCACGCUAAGCUGGACACGAUGGUGAAAGGCAUCAAUGAGAUCAUUCCCCUCGCUCAGGGCACCAUGACCGGCCUCGCCAUCAAAUACGUGAUGAACAACGCCUUCACUGCCGAGGCUGGAGACAGACUGAAGGUUCCCAACGUGGUCGUGAUCGUGACAGACGGACGUCCUCAGGACCGCGUGGCGGAGGUGGCGGCUGAGGCCAGAGAGAAAGGCAUUGAGAUCUACGCUGUGGGUGUGGCCAGAGCCGACAUGACAUCACUGAGGGCCAUGGCGUCUCCGCCCUUCGAGGACCACGUCUUCCUGGUGGAGUCCUUCGAUCUCAUCCACCAGUUUGGACUGCAGUUCCAGGAUAAACUCUGUGGUAUGGAUCUGUGUCUGGAGUCGGACCACGGCUGUGAGCACAUCUGUGAGAGCUCCCCGGGCUCCUUCCACUGCCUCUGUCUGCCGGGAUACACUCUGAAUGAUGACGGGAAGACAUGUGCCGCCAUCGACCUGUGUGCGGAGGGGAAACACGACUGUGAACAGAUCUGCGUCAGCUCUCCAGGUUCCUUCACCUGCGACUGCAACAAGGGAUACAAACUGAACGACGACAAGAAGACCUGCUCCAUGAUCGACUACUGUUCGUUUGGGAACCACAGUUGUGAUCAUGAGUGUGUGAGUGUGCUCAACGGCUAUCACUGCCGCUGUAACGACGGCUACAGGCUGCUGGACGACGGCAAGACCUGCCAGGCCAUUGACCUGUGUGCUGAGGGGAAACACGACUGUGAACAAAUCUGCGUCAGUGCGCCGGGCGUCUUCACCUGCGACUGCAACCAAGGAUACACUCUGAACAAGGACGAGAAGACCUGCACACCCAUUGACCUGUGUGCUGAGGGGAAACACGACUGUGAACAAAUCUGCGUCAGUGCGCCAGGCGUCUUCACCUGCGACUGCAACCAAGGAUACACUCUGAACAAGGACGAGAAGACCUGCACACCCAUUGACCUGUGUGCUGAGGGGAAACACGACUGUGAACAAAUCUGCGUCAGUGCGCCGGGCGUCUUCACCUGCGACUGCAACCAAGGAUACACUCUGAACAAGGACGAGAAGACCUGCACACCCAUUGACCUGUGUGCUGAGGGGAAACACGACUGUGAACAAAUCUGCGUCAGUGCGCCGGGCGUCUUCACCUGCGACUGCAACCAAGGAUACACUCUGAACAAGGACGAGAAGACCUGCACACCCAUCGACCUGUGUGCCGAGGGGAAGCACGACUGUGAGCAGAUCUGCAUCAGCGCUCCUGGUGUCUUCACCUGCGACUGCAACAAAGGAUUCAAACUCAACAAGGACAAGAAGACCUGCACAAACAUGGACCUGUGUAACACGGUGGAGCACGGCUGUGAGCACCAGUGUGUGAGCACUCCUGGAUCUUAUUACUGUAUCUGUCCGGAGGGACAACUGCUGCAGGAGGACGGCAAGAGCUGCGGCACCUGCAAGUCUGCCAACAUCGACCUGGUGCUCCUGAUCGACGGCUCCAAGAGCGUCCGCCCGCAAAACUUUGAGCUGGUCAAAAAGUUUGUAAACCAGGUUGUGGACUCCCUGGACGUGUCCACUCAUGGCACCAGAGUUGGUCUGGUCCAGUACUCCAGUCGGGUCAGGACAGAGUUCCCUCUCAACAUGUACCACACUGCUGACGAGAUCAAAGCUGCAGUCAUGAAGGUCGACUACAUGGAGAAGGGUACGAUGACGGGUCUGGCCCUCAAACACAUGGUGGAGAACAGUUUCUCAGAGGCGGAGGGCGCUCGGCCCGCCAGCCGCAACAUCCCCCGCAUCGGACUGGUGUUCACAGACGGACGCUCUCAGGACGACAUCACAGAGUUCGCCAAGAAGGCCAAAGAAGCCGGCAUCACCAUGUACGCAGUCGGUGUUGGAAAAGCUGUGGAGGAUGAACUCCGUGAAAUCGCUUCUGAGCCGGUGGAGAAACAUUUCUAUUACACCACCGACUUCACUGCCAUCAGCACCAUCGCUGAGAACCUCAAACUCAACGUGUGCCCAGAGGAGAGUCAGGGGGAGAUCGAGGUGAAGGAUCCGUGUGCCUGCGAGAGUCUGGUGGAGUUCCAGCAGGCCACCAUGAGCAGCCUGGAGCAGCUCACACAGAAACUGUCCGGCAUGACUGCUCGUCUGGAGCAGCUGGAGAACCAGCUUCUCUCCAGGAAGUGAUCUGGUAAUAAGUGAGCCAACAGGGCACCACAGAGGAAGAAGGAGGAGGAGGAGGAAGAGGAGGAGGAGGGCA